GGGAGGGGAGGGGUGGGGGGGAAGAAAGUUCACAGCCAACAAUCACGAAAAACCUAACCUGGCAUAUACUGUUCCUUAGUUCAAGUUCAUCAUCAAUGGAGGAGAAUAGGGCUUCUGAAAGCAUUGGUGACGGAGUGACUCUUCCCCCCAACAACGCUAGGGCUUCCGGAAGCAUUGGUGACGGAGUGACUCAUUCCCCCGAUGACGCUAGGGCUUCUUACUGGCUCGAUGCUUGCGAGGAUAUCUCUUGCGACCUUAUUACUGACUUGGUCGAUUUCGAUUCGGUUGCUCCAGACAUUGUCGAUACCGCUUCUUGUCAGGCUGUUGAUGCUUGUUUCUUUGGCGGGAUUGAUCGUAUCCUUGAUAGUAUUAAGAGCGGAUGCGGCCUGCAGCCUCUUGUGGAGAAUGAGACUGUUGUUGGUAGUUCUAUUGAUGGUCAUUCCGCAUGUGAAGCUGGGCCCCAGGGUGCGACAUCAUAUGGGGAGUUGAAUCGGACGAUUGUACGAGAUACUCUACCGGGCGGAGCUCGGCCCCUUGGCUGGGAUUCUACCGACGGAAAGAAGAUCUCGUCCAAUGGUUCUGCUAACGGCAAUGGAGUCCUUGUUACGUCUCCUAAAGACAUUGGAGGAGUCCGUAAGCGGGAGGGUCGGGAUACUGAUGUUAGAAGAGAAGGUAGCUUGCGUGGUGACGCAGACAGAUGUAUCAAAAGGCCUCGUCCUAGUGACUCCAGUGAUGAGAGGGUUUUUUCUGUUAGCCGGCAUGAUCUGUCGAGGGUACUACGUUCAAGCAGGAAGAGGCCCCGUUGUCGGGAAGAGAUUGAAAGGAGGGAUACGGUUCGAAGUAGUAAGAGGGAACGUUACUGUGGCGACAGGAGGGACAACAGGGAGAGGGACAGCAGGGAGCGGGACUGGAGGGACAGAGAAAGAAGAGGUUAUUGGGAGAGAGAUCGAACUGGAAAGAUGGUUUUUCAUUCUGGUUCUUGGGAGACUGAGAAUAAUAGAGAGUCAAAGAGAGCCAAGGAAGAAAUCCCGCAACACAUUGAGAGCUCCGAGAAGAAACCCGAUGAGAAGGAGGAGAAACCAGCUGAGGAGCAGGCUAGGAAGUACCAAUUAGAUGUUCUCGAACAGGCCAAGAAUAAAAACACAAUAGCUUUUCUUGAAACUGGUGCGGGAAAGACCCUCAUAGCCGUUCUCCUUAUCAAGAGUGUUUGCAAUGAUAUGCUCAGAGAAAAUAAGAAAAUGCUGGCAAUCUUUUUGGUCCCCAAAGUCCCACUUGUUUAUCAGCAAGCAGAAGUUAUUCGGGAGAGAACAGGUUACAAAGUAGGCCACUUUUGUGGCGAAAUGGGUCAAGAUUUCUGGGAUGCCCGUAGAUGGCAGCGUGAGUUUGAAUCAAAACAGGUUCUAGUAAUGACCGCUCAAAUUUUAUUGAACAUUCUCCGGCACAGCAUUAUCAAAAUGGAAGCCAUUCAUCUCCUCAUUUUGGACGAGUGCCAUCAUGCUGUGAAGAAACAUCCAUAUUCGUUAGUGAUGUCUGAGUUCUAUCAUACAACUCCAAAGGAGAAGAGACCAGCUGUUUUCGGGAUGACAGCCUCUCCUGUCAAUUUGAAGGGUGUUUCCAGCCAAGAGGAUUGUGCUAUUAAGAUUCGUAAUCUUGAAAGCAAGCUGGAUUCCGUAGUUUGUACAAUAAAAGACCGUAAAGAGCUGGAGAAAUAUGUCCCAACGCCUUCAGAAAUUGUGGUUGAAUAUGACAAAGCAGCUACAUUGUGCUCCCUUCAUGAACAAAUAAAACAAAUGGAACAGGCGGUUGAAGAAGCUGCCCAUGCAAGUUCCAGAAGAAGCAAAUGGCAAUUUAUGGGGGCUAGAGAUGCUGGGGCAAAAGAAGAGCUACGCCUUGUUUAUGGUGUUUCUGAAAGAACGGAAAGUGAUGGAGCCGCUAAUCUAAUUCAGAAGUUGAGGGCCAUAAACUAUGCUUUGGGAGAAUUGGGACAGUGGUGUGCUUAUAAGGUUGCACAUUCAUUUUUGAUGGCCUUACAAAAUGAUGAAAGGGCAAAUUACCAGCUUGAUGUGAAGUUUCAAGAAUCGUACUUGAGUAAAGUUGUAUCUCUUUUACAAUGUCACUUGUCUGAGGGAGCAGUUUCUCAUAGGGAUGCAAAAAAUAUAAAAACAGAGAGUGAUGGUGCUCUGGAGGGGGCUAGCAUUGAUGAGAUUGAGGAGGGGGAGCUCCCUGACAGUCAUGUUGUUUCUGGUGGAGAGCAUGUGGAUGUGAUAAUUGGAGCAGCUGUAGCAGAUGGGAAAGUGACUCCAAAAGUGCAGUCGUUGAUCAAAAUUCUUCUCAAGUAUCAAUAUACAGAAGAUUUUCGUGCAAUCAUUUUUGUAGAGCGGGUUGUUGCUGCCUUGGUUCUUCCUAAGGUUUUUGCCGAGCUUCCAUCUCUAAGUUUUGUUAAGUGUGCAAGUCUGAUUGGGCACAACAAUAGUCAAGAAAUGCGUACAUGCCAGAUGCAGGACACAAUCAACAAGUUUCGUGAUGGUCGAGUGACAUUGUUGGUGGCCACUAGUGUUGCCGAAGAAGGGCUAGAUAUUCGGCAAUGCAAUGUUGUCAUUCGCUUUGACCUUGCAAAAACUGUUUUGGCAUACAUUCAGUCUAGAGGUCGUGCAAGGAAGCCAGGGUCUGAUUACAUUUUGAUGGUCGAGAGGGGAAAUUUAUCACAUGAGACAUUCCUAAGAAAUGCUCGGAACAGUGAGGAGAGAUUGCGUCAGGAGGCUAUAGAGAGAACUGACCUAAGUCACCUGAAGGGUACUUCAAAAUUAAAUUCAGUGGAUACGGCACCAGGAACAGUGUAUCAGGUGGAGUCAACUGGUGCUGUUGUGAGCCUGAAUUCUUCAGUUGGACUCAUCCAUUUCUACUGCUCCCAGCUGCCUAGUGACAGAUAUUCAAUUCUUCGUCCUGAGUUUAUCAUGGAGCGGCAUGAGAAGCCUGGUGGCUCCACAGAAUAUUCAUGCAAGCUUCAGCUUCCCUGUAAUGCACCUUUUGAAAAGCUCGAGGGUCCUUUAUGUAGUUCAAUGCGCCUUGCACAACAGGCUGUUUGUUUGGCUGCCUGCAAGAAACUUCAUGAGAUGGGGGCAUUCACUGACAUGCUCUUGCCAGACAAGGGAAGUGGGGAAGAAGGAGAAAAGGUUAACCAGAAUGAUGAGGGUGACCCUCUCCCUGGAACUGCAAGGCAUAGAGAGUUCUAUCCUGAAGGUGUGGCUGAUAUUCUACGGGGGGAGUGGAUUUUGACUGGUACAGAUGGUUGCCACAGCUCCAAAUUGCUCCCUUUGUAUAUGUAUGCUGUAAAAUGUGUGAAUGAUGGUACUUCAAAUGACUCAUUCUUGACUCAAGUUUCGGAUUUUGCUGUGCUUUUUGGCAAUGAGCUGGAUGCAGAGGUUUUAUCGAUGUCGAUGGAUCUCUUUGUUGCUCGAACCAUGAUAACAAAGGCAUCCCUCGUCUACCAGGGACCCAUAGAAAUUAUGGAAAGUCAGCUGAUUUCCCUGAAGAGCUUUCAUGUUAGAAUGAUGAGCAUUGUGCUGGAUGUUGAUGUUGAACCUUCCAGCACUCCAUGGGAUCCUGCAAAGGCAUAUCUAUUUGUCCCUGUAGUUGGCGAGAAAUCUGUAGAUCUUAUCAAAGAAAUUGAUUGGAAUCUUGUUGAAAAUAUCAUUGGGGUAGAUGAAUGGAACAAUCCCCUCCAGAGGGCUCGUCCUGAUGUGUACUUGGGCACAAGUGAACGAACACUAGGUGGAGACCGAAGAGAGUAUGGUUUUGGGAAAUUGCGUCAUGGCAUGGCUUUUGGACAGAAAUCCCAUCCCACCUAUGGGAUCAGGGGAGCUAUUGCACAGUUUGAUGUUGUCAAAGCUUUUGGAUUGGUCCCUAAUCGGGAUUCCAUGGGAAGCCCAAAUGAAGAUGUUGCUCAUGGCAAAUUGAUUAUGGCUGAUUCCUACAUUAAUGCAGAAGAACUCGUGGGGAGGAUUGUAACAGCUGCUCACUCUGGGAAGAGGUUUUAUGUGGAUUCAGUGCGGUAUGAUAUGAAUGCAGAGAACUCAUUUCCAAGGAAGGAGGGGUAUCUAGGCCCGUUAGAGUACAGCUCAUACGCCGAUUACUACAGGCAAAAAUAUGGGGUGGAAUUGUUCCAUAAGAAACAACCACUGAUAAGGGGACGUGGGGUUUCAUAUUGCAAGAAUCUUCUUUCUCCUCGAUUUGAACGUUCUGAAGCAUGUGAAAGUGAGCAUGAAGAGACUCUUGAUAAAACAUACUAUGUGUUUCUGCCUCCUGAGUUGUGUUUUGUACAUCCACUUCCGGGUUCAGUUGUUCGAGGUGCUCAGCGAUUGCCCUCUAUAAUGAAGAGGGUCGAGAGCAUGCUUCUUGCAGUUCAGCUGAAGGAUGUAAUUAAUUAUCCUGUUCCUGCUUCCAAGAUACUGGAAGCCUCGACUGCUGCUUCUUGUCAGGAGACAUUUUGCUAUGAAAGAGCAGAGCUUCUGGGAGAUGCAUACCUUAAGUGGGUGGUUAGUAGAUUCCUUUUCCUCAAAUACCCCCAGAAGCAUGAAGGUCAGCUCACUAGGAUGAGGCAACAGAUGGUGAGUAACAUGGUUUUGUAUCAGUAUGCUCUUAGUAAAGGUCUCCAAUCAUAUAUCCAAGCAGAUCGCUUUGCUCCAUCUAGAUGGGCUGCUCCAGGGGUGCUGCCUGUCUUUGAUGAGGAUAUCAAGGAUACUGAAGCUCCCUUAUUUGGUGAUGAAAGAAUGCCUGCUGAGACUGAAUCGGAGAAGAGCUUCCAUUUUGAUAGUUAUGAAAAUGAUGACAUGGAAGAUGGUGAGGUGGAGAGCGAUUCAAGUUGCUAUAGAGUUCUUUCUAGCAAAACACUGGCAGAUGUUGUUGAAGCGUUGAUUGGUGUGUACUAUGUUGAAGGUGGGAAGAAUGCUGCAAACCAUCUCAUGAAAUGGAUUGGGAUCCAGGUGGAAUUUGAUCCUAAGGAGAUAGAGAGCACUAGCAAGCCAUGCAGUGUUCCAGAGAGCGUACUCCGGACUAUCAAUUUUGAUACUUUAGAAGGUGCCUUGAAUUAUAAAUUUAUAGAUAAGGGCCUUUUGGUGGAAGCCAUUACUCAUGCUUCAAGGCCAUCAUCGGGAGUUUCCUGUUACCAGCGUUUGGAGUUUGUUGGUGAUGCAGUCUUGGAUCAUUUAAUUACAAAGCAUUUGUUCUUUACGUACACAGAUUUACCCCCUGGCCGCUUGACUGAUUUGCGAGCUGCAGCCGUAAAUAACGAAAACUUUGCUCGUGUAGCUGUUAAGAACAAACUCCAUCUGCACCUUCGGCAUGGAUCCAGUGCCUUGGAAGCACAGAUUCGUGACUUUGUGAAGGACGUACAAGAUGAGUUAACAAAGCCAGGGUUUAAUUCUUUUGGUCUGGGAGAUUGCAAAGCUCCCAAAGUGCUUGGUGACAUUGUUGAAUCCAUUGCAGGUGCAAUUUUUCUGGACAGUGGGCGUGAUACUGCUGUUGUGUGGAGGGUUUUCCAACCCUUGCUUCAUCCAAUGGUGACCCCAGAAACACUUCCAAUGCAUCCGGUGAGGGAACUCCAGGAGCGAUGCCAGCAACAGGCUGAAGGCUUGGAAUACAAAGCCACCCGAAAUGGUAAUUUAGCCACGGUUGAAGUCUACAUUGAUGGUGUUCAGAUCGGUAUUGCUCAGAACCCACAGAAGAAGAUGGCACAGAAAUUAGCUGCAAGGAAUGCACUCGUCGUUUUGAAAGAUAGGGAAACAGCUGAAGCUAAGGAGAAGGCCGAGGAGGAUGAGAAGAAGAAGAAUGGUACCCAGACAUACACCAGACAGACCUUGAAUGACAUAUGCUUGCGGAGGCAGUGGCCAAUGCCCCAGUAUUGGUGUGUAAAUGAGGGUGGUCCUGCACAUGCAAAGAGGUUCACAUAUUCCGUACGUGUGAAUACUACUGAUAGGGGAUGGACAGAGGAUUGUGUGGGAGAGCCUAUGCCCAGUGUUAAGAAGGCGAAGGACUCUGCAGCAAUUCUUCUGCUGGAGCUUCUUAAUAAAUGGUAGGGACAUUCAUAAGUUGAUGCAAAUAAACAAAUACAAACAAAAAUAUGCAGGCGUCGAUUACUCAUGUAGAUUAGAUGCACUAAAUUUAAGAGAAGUUUUUCUUUUUUUCCUUAUGUAGACUUUAUUUAUGCACUUGAGAGCUCGUACUGUCUCGAGUACAGGAUGACUUGUUCUUUAUUUCUUUAUUAUUAUUUUGGAAAAAGAAUGCCAAUGAAGUAGACUCGACUUAUCCUGUCAA